AAUGACCUUCAAAUCAAAUAAAAAACUCACCAAAAAAAUUCACAAACACUUCCAAACACACAAAAACAAAUAAUGAAGAGAGACAGACAGACCAGAAAAACCCCAAACCACCACCACCAAGACCAGAAAAUCAACACAAUGGAGAACGGUCACGAUUGGAAAAUCGUGGAGAAAUUCUCAGGGUUGACGGUUUCCACCGCCGACCCAAUUGCUUCUUCUACCCCCACCACCGCCACCACCACCGCAGACAAUCAAGACAGCAGCUUGCUUCAAGUUAUGUACGCCAUGGAAGCUGCGGAGGCCACAAUCAAGCAGCAGGUGGAAGACAACAUUCGGUUGCGGGCUCAGCUCGAACACAAGAUUCUCGAGCUGCACAGGUACAAGCUCCACGAAUCCAUGGCCGCCCAGUUGCCGCCUUCCGCCCGCGAAUCUCUGGACCAAGCUCAUCAGGUAGCUGCCCCCGGCGUCGACAAUCGAAUCGAGAGGAUUGCGAAUCACGGUUCGUCACAGCAGAGUCGUGGGGAAUCGGAAACAAGGGAGACCCAGUUGAGCGGCAGCGAAAUCAAUGAAGGAAUGAAGGUGGUUCGGGUUUCGGGUACUCCGACGGCGGCUGAUAACGCAAGCAACGUGAUAUCGAGAUUGUCAUCGCCGUCUACGAUGACGUCUCUUUCACCAGGCAGGUCGAGCACGGGGGGUGAUUACGGAAAUGGGUUGAUGCCAUUGACCGAGUCGAAUAACCCUAAUAGCAGCAUGUUGAAGAAGGAUCUGGUUGUUAGGAUUCAUGAGCACGAUCAGGAAAUUAUGCAAUUGCGGAAGCAUUUGGCGGAUUAUUCGAUCAAAGAGGCGCAAAUUCGGAACGAAAAGUAUGUGCUGGAGAAGCGCAUUGCUUACAUGCGUUUGGCAUUUGAUCAGCAGCAGCAGGACCUUGUGGAUGCUGCAUCAAAGUCUCUGUCCUACAGGCAAGACAUAAUUGAGGAGAACAUUCGGCUCGCUUACGCCGUGCAGGAUGCGCAGCAGGAGAGAUCGACUUUUGUUUCGUCUUUGCUGCCGAUUCUGGCUGAGUACUCGUUGCAGCCACCUGUCCCCGAUGCACAAUCGAUUGUUGAGAGUGUGAAGGUUUUGUUUAGGUAUAUGAAGGAGAAGUUGCUUCUUACUGAGUCCAAAUUGAAAGAGUUGCAGUAUCAGUUAACGCCUUGGCGAUCAGAUACAAAUCAGCAGCCGAGUAAAGUUAAUGUUUCUGCGCCGCAGUUAUCACCACCGCCGCCACCACCACCACAGUCCGUUGCUGGAGCAGCAUUGCUGAAUGUAAGCAGAAAUGGGCUUGAAAUAGUUGCUCAGAAUCAGCAAGCAUAUUCUUACAUUGGUGGAAGCAAGGCGCUUGCUACCUCCGAUGCGCAGACAACUGCGGAAUGGAAUCCUCAUCAGCAGAGUGGUUUUGGUGGCGGUGUCGCCAACAAUGUGGAACACAAUGACCUGGUCAUGGGGAAUGCAUAUCACCCUGUUCCAAACCGGACUUUUGUAGCCCAGAACACACAGAGAGAGAUGGAUGAUCAAGAUGCAGAGGGAAACCACAAUGAGAGAGACUCGUCCAAUUGGAGUGCAGGAACGUCUCCUUACGCAUCACCGCUCAAUGAAUCCAGCUCCCCAUAUCCCCGUUACUUAACGCCAGUUAUUGAAGAGGGCUCUUCUUCAUACUCAGAAGCUGCAGAUGAUGAUCCAUUACCAGCUAUCGAGGGCCUCCAAAUCUCGGGUGAAGCUUUUCCAGGACACAAGCUUCAGGCAUCUGGAUACUCCACCAACGGAACAACCAGUUGCAACUUUGAGUGGGUAAGACAUCUCCAAGACGGAUCAGUUAACUACAUUGACGGAGCAAAGGAACCGAACUACCUUGUAACUGCUGAUGAUGUCGAUGCAUACCUUGCGAUCGAAGUCCAGCCUCUGGACAACAGGAAGCGAAAGGGGGCGCCCGUAAAGGUGUUUGCCAACGAGAACAAGAAGAUCACUUGCGACCCCGAAAUGCAAUCACAGAUAGAGAAGAUUCUUCACAAGGGCCAAGCCUCGUUCAAAAUACUUCAGUUCACCGAAUACCACGACGUAUGGGAACCUGCAACACUGGCCAUAAAGCGGGGAGCUUACAGCAUAAAGUGUAGUGGAGGGCCGAGUGGAAGCGGAGCUGUAGUUGCAGAGAAGUUUUCUUCAAACACAAUUGUCAGAAUCCCAUAUGGAAGUCCAACAGAAUUCAUAAUACUCAGCAGCUCCGAAAACGGAGGUGAGUAUAUGUUGAAAACGGACAGUGAGAGCUGUUCUAGAGAUACAGCAGUGCUCACAUUGAGAUUGUUUGUUCAUAGGGCAGAUAAGAGGACUAGAAAGAAAGGGAAAAUAGGGACUUACUUUUUCAACAAGUAUUUGUAGUAGGUGUUCCUUUAGGCUCAGAAUUCAGCAGGGGUGUCUCUUGUUAUUUGCUUUUAGGGUAGUUUGGGUGUCCUUUACAUAAUUUUUGGGGUGUGCAGUUGAAAUUUUAAUUUUUCUCACUA